GCGAACAGAAUAAUUUCAAAUUCGAUUUCUUUUUAUAGUUUGCUACCUUUUUUUUUUUUUUUUUGCUAAUGAACACCGUCGGCGUCGCAGUAGCGAGCUAGCAACGAAGCUUGCUAGCGAACGACCCUCGGCUGGUUUGUAUUUGCGCUUCAUAGAGCCGUUUAUCUUGUCAGAGAGGCGGGUUAGCUAGUUCGCUGAAUUUCUCCACUUUAGCCACAAUCUCAUUUCGUGGCGUUAGUUGCCGUAACUUUAGAUAACGUUUACUUGAGUCGACUAUUCACGCUUGACACUGACAGUGCAGUGGUUGACAAAGUAUGCCUAUGGUCACUAAAUUACUACGUAGGAAGAUAAAGGCCUCCGUCGCUUUCAUUAUCUUAUUCGGGCUCCUGGGCCCAGCUUCCAUAGGCUCUAAAAUAGUAGAUUCGUUUCUAAAUAUUGAACUUAAAAUCGUGAAACUUCAAGCUGGAGACUAAUUCAAAAUGCAUUUUAAAACGUGCUCCUUAGCUGGGAGAACUUGAUUUUGUUUUUGAACUCUUUGGAUGACUUGGAGAUUUUCCACAAUAAAAUGACAUUUACCUCUCAGCAGCCUUUUCUUUUUUUAUUACAUAUACUGGAUGGUUGGUACUGUGUAUGCAGCUUGCUGCAGAAGAGUAUUCUGCUUGACUUAAAGGAGUUUAUUUUUUUAAUGUAUUUUUUUUGUGGAACUUUCACUUCAAUUGUACAGUAGUUUAUGUCGAAGCCCUCUGCAGGUUGAGCGUUGGCACAGCAGCGCGCCAAGAACAGAGGGGCGGGGCUUCGCAUUUGGAACGGCUGUUGCUGGGUUACCAUCGAGAUUGACAGCGCCCGAGACUUCCGGCCCGAGCACUGGAGGGAGCACGAAGAGAGCAGAACCGAAGCGCAUAGGAGGAGCCACAAUGGCGGCUGUCCUUUCCUUAUAAGAGCGGCGGCUAUGGGUGUUCUUAUAUCCGCAAACAUCGCCCUAAAUACAGGCCUGGUCGACUCUCAGGGCCACUAUAAAUAAACUGGAACAUCUUCUGCACACGACUAUGCUAUAAUUUCUUACCAACAUCAAAUAUGAUGAUAAAAACAGCAUAUUAAAGCGAACAUGUAAACAGUUAUCUACCGGGUCAAGUUUUCUCCUUUUCAGUUCUGUGAAACAAUAUUGCCCAUUCAUCAUGGACUAUACUUGUUUCCGAACUCAAAACAAGCCGUACAGUGAAGGAAUUACCAACUUCCCUAGAGCCUUGCACCGGGCUAGAGUUGGCUAACUGAGAAAGAAAGGUUUUAUUUUUUGCGCUUUACGAAAAGAGCGAGCAAGCUAGCCCCGUAGCGCUGGCUAGCCCAACGGCCACGGGGCGACGAGAACACAAAGAUCCGACUUAUUGUUCCGGUCUUGGUAACGAGCUGUUAAAACUGCCAACACGCACAGCCGUUUCGUUUCUAGCUUCAUAUUUUUUUUAAUUCAUUUUUAAUUUUUUACUUUUCCAAAACAGCUAGAGACAUGCUACUGACCUGACGGGAAUUAACUCGGAUAAAACACAAGCCAAGGACGGGACGUGAACAGACUUUAUUUUUUAUUUUUUUCUUUUAAGUCGUUUCUUUGACUCAUGCCCGCCACUGGGGGAAGCAGCGCCGCUGACGUGAGGAAUGCCGGGGUCAGAGCGACACCAUGGGACCAAGAGGAAGCCGGAUCCCAGCGCCAGCCUGGCCGCGCAGCCCCCGCCGCCCAGCAGCAGCACCAGCACCGCCGCCGCCGUCGCCGGGUAUCACAGCCUGCUCUCGGCGGCCAGCGUGAGCAACAAGGACGCGGCUAAGCUCGCCAAGUCCGGCUCCUCCUCGUCCUCCAAGCGCAGGCGGCACAAGUCGUCCAAACACGGAGGACGGGGGGAGUCGUCGGCGCUGAGCCAGGCCGCCGCUGCCGCCGCCGCCGCCGGCUUCUCCGGCUUGGGCUCGGGCUCCGCAGCGCCUCCUGCCGUCAGCGCCGUGAAGCCACUUGUUGAGUAUGACGACAUCAGCUCGGAUUCGGACACCUUCUCGGACCCGCCCGCCUCCAGGUCGCUGCUGGAGCGCAGGAGCGGGGACAGGUUCGACUCCCUGCUGGAGUAUGGUAAGGCGGCGGACGGGGGCGCGGGGGGCCGAGAGGGCAGGGGACACAAGCACAGGCACCCCCGCAAAAAGUCCUCCAAGGACCCGCACAGGGUGAAGGACUCGGGCGACGGGGCCGGCGGCUCCAAGAAGAAGAGCAGCAGGGACAGGGAAAAGGGAAGUUCGGCUAAGAAUAAGGACAGGGUGCUCUCCGUGGCGUCCCUGUCGUCGGGGUCUCGGCGGCAGGGUCAGCAGGAGGGAGACUUGGGGGCGAGGCGGGCCGAGGUCGCCGCCGGAAUGCUGGCGCAGCCCGGGGCCGGCGUCAGCAGCACGGCGUCCUCGUCCUCCUCGUCUCGCAGCAAGGACGGCAGCCGCUCGGGAAAGUCGCGCAAGGACAAGCAGCAGCGUGGCGAGGGUCACGCCUCGUCCCAGAAGGAGAGGGGCGACAAGGUGCACCGCAAGUCCUCCAAGAGCUACAGGGCCAGCCCUAAGGGGAGGCCCUCAUCCAGGGGCAGCCCGCGCCGCAAGUCCACCGUGGCCUCCCCGUCGCCCAGUCCCAAGCGGGUGGGUGCCGAGAGCCCUCUGGUCGGGGGCUACUAUGCAGAGGUGGAUGAUGGCUACCACCACCGGAGACGUCUGAUCCAGCAGAGUUCCAGCCCCUACCGGGAGGUGUCCCGCCGCAGCCGGCAGCGUUCGGAUAGCCCUUACGGCGGGCGGCAGCGCUCCUCCAGCUACGAGCGAGACAGCAGCCCCUACUCGUCCAGGAAGCGCUCAUCGCUCAGCCCCUACGGUACCCGCCGGUCCUCCAGCGUCAGCCCCGUGUCUCGGCGUUCUGCUCGAUCCCGGAGCCGCUCACCGGGACCGUUCUCUUCCUCGCGCCGCUCCUCAUCCCGCUCGAGAAACAAGAAGCAUUCUUCUGCAGUGGCUGGUGGGGGUAGUUCCCACAGCAGUCGGCCCCAAAGCCGGUCGCCCUCCACCUCCCAUCUGCCGCUCAACUCCAGCCUGGGUGCUGAGCUCAGUCGUCGGAAGAAAGAGCGACAAGCCGCCGUGGCUGCCGCGGCUCGUGCCCCCUCACCCACCACCAAACGGUCUGUUGCCCCCGCUGCUCGGCCCUCGAAACCGGAGCCAGAAGUCUCUGCUAGAGAGCCUGUUCCCACAGCAGAGCCUCCUCCUCAGGCCCCGCCUCCAGCCCCGACACCCAUCCUUCAAGACAAUCCACAUUGGGAAGAGAAGAGCGCAGCACCUCCCCUGCCUCCUUUCUCCUCUCCUCCGCCCCCAUUGCCACCUUCCCAGAACCCUCCUCUCCCACCCCCUCUGCCCCCAUCCCCGGCCACCGUACCUCAGCCACCCCUGCCUCAGCCGGAGCUCACACAGCAGGCCCCUGUGCACCCAGCACCUUCCGCCUCUUCCGCCUCUGUUUCACAGCCCAAGUCCCCCGCUGUUCUUCCAGCACGGAGCCCUGCCCGACAGACCCUUCCUAUCAAGACCUCCACACUGCCCCCUUUGCCCCUGCCACCAAUGUUGCUUGGCGACUGCCAGGAUAGUCCUAAGAAGACUCCCCCACAGAAGCCACACAAGAAGGAGAAGGAGGUGCGCACCCGGCCGCUUUUGAGCGACCUGCCGCUGCCUCCGACCCUGCCUGGAGGAGAUCCCUCCCCCCCUCAGUCGCCUGUUCGCAGGGCCCCACCCCCACCGCAGCCCAGCUUCAAGAAGAGGCCAAAGUUCUGCUGUCCACGCUAUGGUGAAAGCAUGCAGACUCAGAGUGACUGGGGCAAGCGCUGUGUGGACAAGUUCGACAUAAUUGGUAUUAUUGGAGAGGGCACAUAUGGCCAGGUGUACAAGGCCAAAGAUAAGGACACAGGCGAGUUGGUGGCUCUGAAGAAGGUGAGGUUGGACAAUGAGAAGGAAGGCUUUCCCAUCACGGCCAUCCGGGAGAUCAAAAUCCUGAGACAGCUGAACCACCGCAGUGUGGUCAAUAUGAAGGAGAUUGUCACCGACAAGCAAGACGCACUCGACUUUAAGAAAGAUAAAGGAGCGUUUUACCUGGUCUUCGAGUACAUGGACCACGACCUGAUGGGGCUGCUGGAGUCGGGCCUGGUGCAGUUCUCCCAUGAGCAUGUGCGUAGUUUCAUGCGACAGCUCAUGGAAGGCCUGGACUAUUGCCAUAAGAAGAACUUCCUACACAGAGACAUCAAAUGCUCCAACAUUCUGCUCAACAACAGUGGUCAGAUCAAGCUGGCAGACUUCGGUUUGGCUCGACUCUACAACUCGGAAGAGAGCCGGCCCUACACUAACAAGGUGAUCACGCUGUGGUAUCGUCCCCCUGAGCUGCUGCUGGGGGAGGAGAGGUACACCCCAGCCAUCGAUGUCUGGAGCUGUGGCUGCAUCCUGGGAGAACUCUUCACAAAAAAGCCCAUUUUCCAGGCCAAUCAGGAACUACUGCAGCUGGAACUCAUCAGUCGCCUGUGUGGGAGCCCUUGCCCGGCCGUCUGGCCCGAUGUCAUCAAGCUGCCCUAUUUUCACACGAUGAAGCCCAAGAAGCAGUACCGGCGGCGGCUGCGUGAAGAGUUUGCCUUUUUGCCCACUCCUGCGCUCGACCUGCUGGAUCGUAUGCUGACCCUUGACCCUGCACGGCGCUGCACGGCAGAACAAGCCCUCUACAGUGACUUCUUGAAAGAUGUGGAACCCAGCAAGAUGGCACCACCAGACCUCCCGCACUGGCAGGACUGUCAUGAGCUGUGGAGCAAGAAGCGUCGGCGCCAGCGUCAGAGUGGGUUGCCUGAGGACGUGCCUGUGCCUAAAGUGCCCCGUAAGGACCCCGCUGGGGCCCCCAGCAGCGAGAACAGCAGGCCCCCAGCUAGCCCUACUGGGGCUCCUCUGCCUGGGCGCCAACCAUCUUCAUCCAUGUCUGAAAACGAGCUGGCAGGUCUCGGCGCGGCCGCGGAGCAGCUGAACCAGAGUGAGCUGGCAGUGCUCUUCAACCUGUUGCAGAGACAGACGGACCUCAGUCUGCCACAGGUGGCUCAGCUGCUCAACAUCUCCACCAAUCCCGAGAGCCAGCAGCAGUUGGAAAGCUUGAGCCAGUCGCUGUCUGCGCUCACGGAGUCCUCCCACCAGCAGAGGGCGCAGAGCAAAGAGGAGAGCAAUGAGGGGCCCGCCAGUGGCACCAGACCCGCGGAGCCCGUGCAGCCGGCGCCACAGGCCGAGCAGCAGUUGAGUCAGGAGGACCAGACCAACCUGCUGGCCUUGCUGCUGGGACAGCUCAUCAAACCGCCAGCGGAGGGGCCGGAGCAGGCCGACGAGAGCAACGGCAUCCGAUCGGAGGAGGUGGUUCCCCGUGGUGCCCCUGCUGCCAGCGAUCGCAAGGACGGCGCUGUCAGGAGGCGGAAGCAGGCCGGUGUCGGCCAGGGACCUCUGCCCUCGGAUGCACGGCCGCCCUCCCCGCCCGGACCGCCCCCGUCAUCUCUCCUCGGCCCCCUCCUCUCCGGCAGCGAGGCUCAAUCGGGCCAGGACAUCAGCCCCGCGGUGGCGGCUGCCCUCCUCCAGCUCAUAUCUCAGCAGGAUGCAGAGGCUGGGCCGCCUGUCGAGGAGAGGCAACAAAACAGGAAGGAGGAGCCUGCCGAGGCCGGCCUCGUUACGCGGUCUUCCGAACAGCAGGGGGUGACGGUGGCGGCAUCGUCCGCACCCGCCUCUUGGACUCAGCUCUCGGACUCCCCGGAAUCUCCCAAAAGUCAGUCGCACGGAGACCCCCCGCUUCCCCCUACAUCUGCGGCACAGUUCCCGCGGGACCAGGACCUCCGUUUUGCUCAUGGGCCCCCUGCCAAGCCCGGGGCUGCUGGCUUCCCCGGCAACGAGCCCUGGAGCCAAGCAGGCAAGGGUUUCCAGGGCAACAGUCAGGCGCAGGGCCAAGGGGCAAGCAGAGGCAAAGGAGGACCCUACUGACCACCUCCUCAAGAAUCGCUUGCUGUCGGAGCAUCGUCCCCUGUCUUGGGGAUGUAGAAACUGCAGGAAGGAAGAAUUAAUCCCUUACUUGUGUAGUGUUUGGCGUUAGCCCGUUAACCAGAGAGGGAAGAGGGUGUGGUAAGGGGCUGUGCGAUACCGAUGGUCUGAGGGCAAGCCCCGAAGGGUGUCCUAUCCACCCCCAUCCACUGGCCCUGCCUAGGUUGCCGUGGCGCUCUCCCACAAUGUCUCUGGAUAUAAGCUCCGCCCACUUUCUCUGUGCACCGGGACGGUGAGCCUCUCCAGCCCUUAAGCUGAAAAUCUGUUUCAUAGGUAAAAUGAGAAGCAGUUCUAGAAUGUAAUCUGCAUUGAGUUUCUUUGCACACCAAGCAAAAGAUGAUUUCUGUGUUCUUUUCGAUGUGGAGAUGAAAUUUAUCAUCCCCCAGGUGUACGACUUGUAAUUGAGCUUAUUUACUUGCGACACCCAUGUCUGGUUCCUAGGGUCAGUCUGGAACUGUGUGUUGGCUCAAGGAAACUGAAAUUUGAGGACAGUGUGAUGGGGGUGGCGGGGGGUGGUGAUUGUGAGAUUUACAGAUGCUCCACUGGGUGAACGGUAACUGCUUACCUUUUCACCCCCGCUGACCUCUGACCUUGAACAUGUGCCUCCUUUGUGCUGUUAGGAACAACCCGGUUGACCCUCCGUUCCAGUUUCAUUUAAUCAUCAAUUCCAGCAGCACUCGACUGACACAAAAUAAUUGUUUGAACGGACAGACGUAUUCUCGCAUUUUUGACCCCAACUUUCUGUGUUUUGGGCCAAAGUUGCUGCAGAUGGAGUUUCCAUCUCCCAGUCCCUGUAUGUCUGUUUCACGUACAGUCACUUUGGCUGGAAAACAAAGACCUUCCACACUCACUCCACUCCAGCUUUUUUUUUUUUUCUUUCCCCUGCAGAUGUACAGUUUUGUUGUGAAACCAUUCGGUUGCACUUUGUCUAGCCAGACUGCCGUCUGAGUGAAAGACAGAUACAGACAUAUUUUGUGUUAUAUCAACAUAGCAGCAAAAGAUGGUUUGGUUCACAGUUCAUGUUGCAAAAUGUCCAGGCCUGAUCCCCAUGCGCUUCUUCAAUCUCGCUUGUCCCAGCCUUGGACACACCUCUCCUUCCUGCUUACUCUGCACAGCAAACACUUUUUUUGCAGUUAUUUUCUACGUCUAAGUUAAUGCUAACAGUUGGGAUGAAUUAUCUGUUCUUUUUGCUCAAAGCAGUGAAGAAGAGGAGUCAGGAUUUUGGGUUA